CCAACGUACCUUGCGAAGAGCUAAAGAUGGCGGCAGGCACCUCAAUUCGCUGCCUGAGGGUCCGCUGCAGGCUUCCCCUACCUCUGACGAGUCGGCGGCUAGGUCCACCUGGACAUGCCCGUAGUUGCAGACUUUAUUCUGGAAGUGCAGCCCUCCCAAAGGGUGAAGGAGCUGAUGUAACAGGAAUUGAAGUAGUCAUUCCAAAACGGAAAACUUGGGACAAAGUGGCCGUUCUGCAGGCUCUCGCGUCCACAGUAAACAGGGAUACCACAGCUGCCCCUUACGCAUUUCAGGACGAUCCUUACCUCAUACCAACAUCCUCUGUGGAAUCACGUUCAUUUUUAUUGGCAAAGAAGUCUGGGGAGAAUGCGGCAAAGUUUAUUAUUAAUUUACAUCCCAAAUAUUUUCAGAAGGACAUAGCUGAACCUCAUAUACCGUGUUUAAUGCCCGAGUGCUUUGAACCUCAAAUUGAAGACAUAAGCGAAGCCGCCCUGAAGGAACGGAUCAAGCUCCAAAAAGUCAAAGCAUCAGUGGACAUGUUCGAUCAGCUGCUGCAAGCAGGAACCACUGUAUCUCUGGAAACAACAAAUAGUCUCUUGGAUUUAUUGUGUUACUUUGGUGACCAAGAGCCCCCAGCUGAUAAUCAUUUUCAACAAAGUGAAAAAUCAGAAGAGUUGGAAGAGGCCUCAGAGGAAGAUCCUAAGAAAUCUAAGAAGAAGGCUGGUCAGCAGCUUGGAGCUACUUGGAGAGCAAAAAACAAUGCUGAGAGAAUCUUUGCUCUGAUGCCAGAGAAAAAUGCACAUUCCUACUGCACCAUGAUCCGAGGAAUGGUGAAGCACCGAGCUCCUGUGCAGGCAUUAAACUUGUACACCGAGUUAUUAAACAACAGGCUUCAUGCCGAUGUACACACCUUCAAUUCACUGAUUGAGGCAACGGCAAUGAUGAAUGAGAAAUAUGAGGAAAAAUGGAAUAAUAUGUUGGAGCUGCUGAAACAAAUGGCUGUGCAGAAGGUGCAACCAAAUCUACAGACUUUUAAUACCAUUCUGAAAUGCCUGCGAAGGUUUUAUGCAUUUGGAAGAUUGCCAGCCUUGCAGACCUUACGUGAAAUGAAAGCCCUCGGAAUAGAACCCUCACUUGCAACAUAUCACUAUAUUAUUCAGCUGUUUUAUCAACAUGAAAGCCCUUCAAAAGGAUCGUCCCUUGUGAUCUAUGACAUCAUGAAUGAACUAAUGGGAAAGAAGUUUUCCCCACAGGACCCAGAUGAUGAUAUGUUUUUUCAGUCAGCCAUGAGAGUUUGCUCGUCUCUCAAAGAUCUAGAACUUGCUUACCAAGUACAUGGCCUUUUAAACACUGGCGACAACUGGAAAUUCAUUGGACCCAGUCAUCGGCGUAACUUCUAUUAUUCCAAGUUCUUCAAUUUGCUCUGUCUGAUGGAACAAAUUGAUGUCACCUUGAAAUGGUAUAAGGACCUCAUACCUUCCGUCUUCCUUCCUCAUUCCCAAGUACUGAUAGAUCUUCUCCGAGCACUGGAUGUGGCCAACAGGCUAGAAGUGAUUCCUCAAAUUUGGAAAGAUAGUAAAGAAUAUGGUCACACUUUUCGCAAUGACCUGAAGAAAGAAAUUCUGAUGCUCAUGGCGAGGGAUCAGCACCCACCAGAGCUUCAGGUGGCGUUUGCUGACUGCGCUGCAGAUAUCAAGUCUACUUACGAGAGUCAAGACGCCAGGCAGACCGCCCCUGACUGGCCAGCCAGCUCUCUGAACUGCAUAGCUGUCCUCUUCCUACGGGCCGGCAGAACCCAGGAAGCCUGGAAGAUGUUGGGGCUCUUCAGGAAGCAUAAUAAGAUCCCUAGAAACGAGUUGCUGAAUGAGUUUAUGGACAGUGCAAAAGCAUCCAACAGCCCUGCCCAGGCCAUUGAGAUAGUGAAGCUGGCAAGUGCCUUCAGCUUGCCUGUUUGUGAGGGCCUCACCCGGAGGGUUAUGACGGACUUUGUGAUCAGCCAGGAACAGAAGGAAGCGCUGGAACACCUAACUGCACUGGCCUCUGACAGUGAUAGUGACAGCAGCAGUGACAGCGAUGGUGACAUCAGUGAAGGCAAAUGAAAUGGGCCAAUCAGGAGCAGCUGUGGCCUAGCAUGAGAUGUUACUAUUUAACUGUGAUAUGAAUUAAGCAAGAAUACAGGUUUGGUGAACUUUGAAAUAGUUGAUACAGCACUGGCUUAUUUUAAGGUUAAAUUCCAUAUCCGAUGCCUACUGAACCGUCCACUCCAGGUUUACCAUUCAUGCAGAGCAGCCCCGUUCUCAGUUCUGCAGAUGCACGGGUCCUGGUUUCGGCAUAAGCUCUGCACACCUGCGGUGUGUGCCCGCUGACGUCACACUGCCGUCAUCGGCGUGGUUCGCCCUCCCGUUCUGAACUUGAGUUUUUGUUUGGCUGAUGCUAUGACAUUGGCACCUACAUAUUUUAAAGAAGGUGUCUAAAGGAGGUUUGCCUACAAUUAUGUCACAAUAUUGAUUUGGGGUCAGUGGUAUCCCAAUUUCACAGAUAUUUAUGUGGGGAAAAAUUGUACAUCUUAGGACAAAAUGACAAUGGUGGGAGUUAAGGCUGCACAGCUGGGAAAAUGAAGGCUGUAAAUAAAUAUUGGAAUUAAUGGCA